AUGUCUCCCCAGCAAAUCACCAAUCGAACCUACCACCUCCUCCCACUCAAAGACGAUGGCUCUCCCGAUCUGCCCGGCGAGCCUCCAUACAUCUACCUCGCGCCGCCCACGGUUCCACACUACUGCAUCCGCUUUCAGAUCGAAGGUACCAGCUCGAUAUGCAGAGAAGGGAGCCUCUGGGUGAACAUCCCGCCCAAGGGUGAGAGCUUCGACCGCAAGAAGUUUCACGAAUACAAAUUGGUUCCCAGCUUCACCAAGUCCCUCGAGAUUGACGUGCCCGUCUACUGCGCCGGAGCCUUCGAGUUCUAUUGCUCCUACACGCCUCUCCCGCCCUUCACCACAGGCACUCCCGAGGUGCCCAAACCCACACGAACAAAGUCCCACUACAUCGAUGUCUCGCCCAAGUUGCACGUCGACGACUCGCCGCUUCCUCUCGACUCCCUCUCCGUCAUCUCAGUCCUCUCCAAGUUCAUGGGAUCGUAUCCCGAGGAUUUCAAUCGCCAUUUGCACGGCAUCAGCGAAAGAGGUUACAACAUGGUCCACUUCACACCGUUGAUGAUGCGAGGUGACAGCAAUUCGCCGUACUCCAUCUACGAUCAGCACACCUUUGACAAGACCAUUUUCCCCAAAGGCGAAGCUCAAAUUGAAGAGAUGGUCAAGAACAUGGAACAUCAGCUCGGCCUUCUUAGUUUGACGGACGUUGUCUGGAACCACACGGCCAACAACAGCAAAUGGUUGGAGGAACAUCCCGAAUCGGGCUACAACAUCAAGACUGCUCCCCAUCUGCAGCCAGCCUACGAACUUGAUUCGGCUUUCUUGCAAUUCUCGUCUCGGCUCAAGUCGCUGGGUCUGCCAACCAAGCUCAACAACACCGACGAUCUGCUCCGAAUCAUGGACGGCGCCAAAAUUCAUGUCAUUGGAAGUUGCAAGCUGUGGGAGUUCUACGUGUGUGACGCCGAGAAGGAUGCUCUCGCUACAGUCUCGGCAUGGACCAACGGACACAUCGAUUUUGACGGCAACGUUCCAGACGAUAUUGCCUCCUGGCAACUCAAGGGAAAGGCGGAUUGGAUUCGGAACAACUGCUGUCCAGGAACAGACCGCAUGGGGGAGCGAUUUCGUCGCCGUGUUGUGCCAGAACGCGGAGCUGCUCUUCUGCAGAAGCUAUUCGGCCGGUACAAUUCCCAGGUCAACAGCAAGGCUGAUGAGCGUGCUGCGUACGGCACCAUGCACAAAUUCUUGAAUGAGCUCAACCUCGACUGGUACAAGGAGUACGACAACGAUGUUGCCGCCAUCAUGGAGCAGGUCUUCAACCGUACCAAGUACAUGCGCCUGGAAGACAAUGGUCCCAAGAUUGGCGAAAUCACCAUCCAGAACCCACUCAUCGAGACAUACUUCACUCGCCUGCCAGUCAACGAGACGACUUCGAAGCACGACCCUGAUGAGCUUGCAUUGGCCAACAAUGGCUGGGUGUGGGCUGCCGAUGUCAUGCGUGAUAAUGCUGGUCCCAAAUCCAAGGUCUACCUCCGGCGCGAACUGAUCGUUUGGGGUGACUGUGUGAAGCUGCGUUAUGGCUCCGGUCCGGAGGACAGCCCGUUCCUGUGGAAGUUCAUGACCGAGUACACCCAACUCAUGGCGAAGCACUUUCACGGUUUCCGCAUUGACAACUGCCAUUCCACUCCCCUCCACGUCGCCUCUCACAUGCUCGACGCUGCUCGCCAUGUCCAGCCCAACCUAGUCGUGGCCGCCGAGCUGUUCAGCGGUGACGAAAAGAUGGACUUCCUCUACUGCCAAAAAUUGGGCAUCUCCUUCCUCAUCCGCGAGGCCAUGCAGUGCUGGUCGACUGCUGAAAUGUCCAAGUUGGUGCACAUCAACUCUGGUCGUCCUAUCGGGAGCUUUGAGGUCGAUGACAUCUCCGGCACCGACAAGCCGAUUGCCAGCGAAGCUGCGACCAAUGGCAGCACUCCUCAAGGACGCGAGAUCACCCACAAGAUCAUUCCCUCCAAGAUCCACGCCCUGUUGAUGGACUGCACUCAUGACAACGAGACUCCGGUGCAGCGCCGCGAUGGUCGUGACACCCUUCCAACCUCUGCAUUGGUGGCCAUGUGCGCAUCCGCUUCAGGCUCCGUCUUUGGUAUGGAUGAGCUGUACCCGCAAUUAGUCGAGCUUGUUCACGAAACCCGCCAUUACACCUCUCCCUACAGCAACGGAGCCGCCAUGAAGGUCGGUCCUUCUGAAGGCACUGGUGGCAUCAAGCGCUUGAUGAAUCAGCUGCACACCAUCAUGGGCAAGGACGGCUACGACGAGAGCUUUGUGCACCACGAGGGCGAAUACAUCACUGUCCACCGUCUCCACCCCAAGUCGAGAAAAGGAUACUACCUCAUCGCCCACACUGCCUACCCUGGCUACGGCAAUGGUAACGCUGGGUUCGGGCCGCAAUGGCUUACUGGGACCAAAGCGAAGCUCCUCGGCGCGUGGAAUCUCGAGGUCGAUCAAAGUGAGGAGGCCAAGAAGGCUGCCGCCAACGACAAGGUCUUGCGGGGUGUACCCAGCAAGACCAAGGACCUGCGCGGUGUGACUGUCGAGGCUCGCGGGGACGAUACCGUCAUCUCUGUGCCGAGCGUGUUCCCACCCGGCUCCAUCGCCAUUUUCGAAACUUGGAUUCCCGGCGCCGAGCACAGCGAAGGUCUGGACAAAUACCUCACCACUAGUGCCCGCCAGGCUUUCAAGGACUGCAAUCUCAACGACAUCAACGCCAUCAUGUAUCGCGCCGACUCCGAGGAGCACGCCAUGUCUCACGGUGCCGAUGGCGUGUACACAGUUCCAGGCAUAGGUCCUCUGGUGUACUGUGGACUGCAAGGUUGGUGGUCUGUUCUUCGCGAGGUUGUCAACCACAACGAUCUCGGCCACCCGAUCUGCAAUCACCUCCGCGAGGGUCAGUGGGCGCUGGACUACAUUGUCGGUCGCUUGGACAAGCUCGUACAACGUCAAGACGGCAUCUACAAGAAUCUUGCAGCUCCUGCAGAAUGGCUUCGACAGCGAUGUGAUGCCAUCCGCAACGUUCCAAGCUUUCUGCUCCCCCGCUGCUUCGCCUUGAUCAUCCGCACUGCCAAGAAGGCCGCUCACGAGCGCGCCAUUGAACAGAUGCACCCCAACAUCCAGCACGGCCAACGUUUCCUCAAGUCGCUCGCCAUGGUUUCUUGCCAAGUUCAAGGAUACAUGGAUAAUGCUAAGUUGUGGCCAGACAAGCUCGAUCCCUCUUUGGCUGCCGGUCUGCCGCAUUUCGCGCAAGACUGGGCUCGUGUGUGGGGUCGCGAUGUCAUGAUUGCCAUGCGUGGACUUCUCACCUGCACCGGGCGGUACGAUGAGGCCAAGGAGCAUCUGCUCGCUUUCGCCAGCAUUGUCAAGCACGGCAUGAUCCCCAACUUGGUCAACUCUGGCAAGCUCCCCCGUUACAACAGCAGAGACUCGGUUUGGUUCUUCCUGCAGAACAUCCAAGACUUCGUCGCCCUCGCACCCAAAGGAUCGAAUUUUCUCCAGGAGCGCGUGCGUCGCCGCUUCCUGCCAUACAAGGACGACUGGUUCCCUCACGAUGACUCUCGUGCAUACUCGCAGACCAGCAGCAUCGAAGAUGUCAUCCAGGAAUGUCUGCAGCGCCACGCUUCUGGCAUGCACUUCCGCGAGUACAAUGCUGGGUCCGACCUCGACAGCCAGAUGAAGUCGGAAGGUUUCAACAUCGACAUCGAGGUCGACUGGAACAACGGCAUCAUCUACGGUGGCAACGAGUGGAAUUGCGGCACAUGGAUGGACAAGAUGGGAGAUUCUGCCAAGGCUGGCAACAAAGGCCACCCAGGUACUUCCCGAGACGGCGCGCCAGUGGAAAUAACCGGUCUACUGUUCAGCUGUCUGCACUGGGUCGAUGGCUUGAAGUCCGCCGGCAAGUUCAAGUACGAUGGUGUUACCAAGCCGGACGGAACUCUGAUCACCUAUGGUGCUUGGGCAGCGAAGAUUCGCAGCAGCUUCGAACACCACUACUACGUUCCAGCUGAUCCUGCCAAGUUUGGCGAGUAUGAUGUCGACCCAAAGAUUGUCAACCGCAAGGGCAUUUACAAGGACGUGCACCGUUGCAAGAAGGAGUACCGAGACUACCAAUUGCGACCGAAUUUCCCCAUCGCCAUGGUCGUUGCUCCGGAGCUCUUCGAUCCAGCGCACGCCAUUGGCGCCCUGGAGAUUGCCGACAAGUACCUGCGUGGACCUACGGGUAUGGCGACCCUCGAUCCUGGCGACAUGGAGUACCACCCCGACUACAUCAACAGCGACGACAGCGACAACUACCAGACUGCUCAUGGACGCAACUACCACCAAGGACCGGAGUGGUUGUGGCCUACCGGAUUCUUCCUUCGUGCUCUGCUCAAGUUCGAUCUCAAGCGUCGCAAGACCAAGGAGGAGCGUGUCGAGGCCUUCCAGCAGGUCACUCAGCGCCUUAAUGGCUGUCGUGAGAUGAUCCACGACUCUCCGUGGCGAGGUCUCACUGAGCUUACCAACCGCAAUGGCUCUUACUGCGGUGACUCGUGCCCAACUCAGGCUUGGUCCGCAGGGUGCAUAAUAGACCUCUACGACGAUGCGAGCCGGACGACGAUGGACAUGCAAUGAGCGAUGUGUGCGAUGACCGACACUAUGAUCCCGCUGAGCGCCUAUACGAGCCGAAAGGGCACGGGCGAGCUCGGAUUGGGCAAAAGUAUUCUUCCUCUUCUCGUCCCUAUUCAUAAUGGUCAUGGUCGCCUGUAUGUAACCUAGAAAUGACUGCCUAGAUUUCUGCUG